GCGGACGGAGAAGGAGGACGGAGGAAACAAACGUCCAAACGUCUCGAGCGACGAGAGCGGCGGCGUCCGUCAUGGCGAACAACGAGUACCUCAGCGUAAGCGCGUUCCUCACCGAGCAAGAGAAGGUCCCACUCGUCUUCAACAGCGGAUGCUCCGGGCUCGGGCGAGAGGUGGACGAGCAGUGCGAGACCGACGACCUCCCGCCGGGCUCCGCCGCGUCGAUGCCGCUGUGGCUCGUGCCAAAACUGUACGAGCAGAACAUGGUCGGCCCGCGGAUGCCGGACUGCUUCGGCGACGCGGUGUGGAUGGUCGUCGACGCGGAGCCGAGGCGCGUUCUCCUUACACUGAUCAACGCGCACUUCUUCGAGUUCGGCGCCAAGCUCAACGCGAUGCUGCGCGACGCCGCGCUAGGCGACCAGCUCGAGAAGGCGUUCGUGCGACGAUACGCGACGCUGCUGACGGAAGCGCACAGCACGGGGGACGUGAAGUGGCGGCAUCUGCUGACGAAGGAGGAGGAGGUGUUGUUCGACGCGGGGCGCGAGAGCAUGCGCGCGUUCAACGCGUGGAAGUACAGCUCGAAGGAGAGGAUCGAGGUCAGCGCGCAGGUCAAGGCGCAGAAGCGGAGGAGGGCGGCGGCGAGGAACGGAGGGGGGGAGGGCGGCGGUGGCGACGACGGCGGCGGCGGAGGGAAGAGGCGGUGA